AUGAUUCUAGAGAAGGUAGCCCUUUAUGAGGAUCUAGAAAUUUGCCAUGCUGGCGAUCCUCUACAGCCUAUGCUACUUCCUCAUGUUAGGAUCCAUUCGAAUCCUUUUGGCUUUAAGAAAUAUCGCUCUGAAGCUGAUACAGUAUCACAAGAAGAAAGAAAAGUAAUAAAGGAUCAAAACGGUUCCAAGAUUCGAUAUCGAGUCUUAUGGAUACUAAAUGAUGAAUAUUUGAAUGGCAUUGCCUUAUCAAUCAUGGAGCAUCUGCCAAAGUAUCAGGCAUAUGUCAAGAACCUUAAGCAAAAUCAUUUCACAGUCGUUGGAUACGCCAGAAAGUCUCCAAGCGAGGAACGUCAGGAUGUGAGAGUAGAUUUGCUCCAGAAAAUGGUCGACAAAUUGUAUGACACGUUGCUUGUGGAUAAAGUAUUUGUGACUACGUCAUCGCGAGCAAAUGAUACCAUUACAUCCCGCGACACAAAUGGAAAAAAUGAUCAAUUGACGCUUUUGAACCAAGUCCAUGGAAAUACACAAGUAGCAAUUGAUUUCGCCGGUCUGUCAACCAAUACCAGUGAUUUAUAUGAUUUCAUUCAAGCUCAUGGUUCUAUUAAGAAGAUCAUCAUUGACGUUUCUGUGUCUACUGGGCUCAUGAAGUAUUAUAACCGAGACGAUAUUAUUGAUAAUCCUAGUAUUUUAAAGGAUUUUGAUUGCAGAAAACCUUGUUAUAAACGAUCAUAA